CAUAGCUAGAGAGAGCAUGAAGGGAAGGGAAGGGAAGAAGGCUCAACUGCUGAUUUGGUCAGGAUUUUUCUUCUUUUUGGCCCCUAAAGCAAGGAAGCAGAUAAAGGAGGGAGAGGAGGGGUUUGGUUUGGUCAUUUGCUCAGCCUUCUUCUCCCCCUCCCCCUCCCCCUCCCUCUAGCCCCUAUGGCUGCCAGCACUGUGGCCUCUCCUUUUUCUCUCUCAUGGGGGCCGUCAUCUUCCAGCUUGCAUAGCUCCUGAUCUCCGUUCCUCUCUCUCUCCCCCCUGCACUGCCAGCCAGCUCUUGAAUCCUUGCUGUAGUGUUCUACGCUUGUACUGCUGCAGGGAAAGAAAGUAGAGAGAGAAACAAGAAGAAAGGAGAGAAGAGGGAAGGGAGAGAAUCUGAAUUUGCUUUCCAGUCAUUGACCAACCCAACCCCAGUUUCCCCUUGUUUGUCCCCUUCCCCUCCAUCCUUGAUACCUGUGUUAUUCCCUGAGCUGCCGCCGCCGCCGCCGCCUGAGGAGAGGGAGUGGCUCUCUGAACUCUCUCCUUUUGUCACUCCUGUCUUGCCUUGCCCCCAUCCUGUUCCUCCUCCUCCUCCGUUCUUCAGUUAAUGCCCCCUCUGUGGCAGCAUCAAAUUUAUUGCCACCCCUUCCUUGGGCCUUGGCUAAGUUGUGUUUAGACUUUAGAGGGAGAGAGAGAUAACCUAAGGCCUGAAUCAAAUCCCUAGCACUACAAGCUUGCCGCUUUAUGUAUCAUCACCAUCUUCAGCAGCAGCAGCAGCAGCAGCGUGGAGAAGCGGAAGCGGCAGAUCAGGAUCAGGACAGCAGCAUGUCCAACCUCACCACCUCCGCCUCCGCUUCCGCCAACCCUCCUCCUCCUCCUCCCCCAACCCCGGCCUCCAACAAGCGCAAGCGAAGCCUACCCGGCAACCCCGACCCAGAGUCGGAGGUGGUUGCGCUGUCUCCGGCGACGCUGAUGGCGACGAACCGGUUCCUGUGUGAGAUCUGCGGCAAGGGGUUCCAGCGCGACCAGAACCUGCAGCUGCACCGGCGCGGGCACAACCUGCCAUGGAAGCUGAAGCAGCGCGGGAGCAAGGAGGUGGUGCGGAAGAAGGUGUACAUCUGCCCGGAGGCGUCGUGCGUGCACCACGACCCGUCGCGCGCGCUGGGCGACCUCACCGGGAUCAAGAAGCACUUCUUCCGCAAGCACGGCGAGAAGAAGUGGAAGUGCGACAAGUGCUCCAAGAAGUACGCCGUGCAGUCCGACUGGAAGGCGCACUCCAAGAUCUGCGGCACCCGCGAGUACAAGUGCGACUGCGGGACCGUCUUCUCCAGGCGGGACAGCUUCAUCACGCACCGGGCCUUCUGCGACGCGCUCACCGAGGAGAGCAACAAGGCCAUCAGCGGGGGCGGCCUGCCACUGCCACCCAUCGCGCACGCCCAGCACCACGCCAUGCUCUAUUCGCCGCACGAUCUGAUGCAGCAGCACCACCACCAGGAGCUCGCCGCGUUCCAGGACCACCAGCACCAGGUCAUGCAGCAGCAUUGCAACUUCGACGUGAAGCCGGAGAUGCAGCCGUGGCCAACCAUGCCCUACGACGACGUCCACCACCCGCUGCUGCAGCCGCUCUGCAGCGCCACCGCGCAGAGCUCCGCCACGUCCGUGCCGACGCCUACGCAGCAGCAGCUUCCCGCGGCAGCCGCGCACCUGUCGGCCACAGCGCUCCUACAGAAGGCGGCGCAGAUGGGCGCCACCAUCGGCGGGGCCGGCGCUGGCGGGGCGGGAGUGCACUACACCCAGAUGGCCGGCUCGGCGACCAGCGCGACCGGCAGCGCCACGUUCGGGCUCGGCCUCUCGUGCCUCAGCAACCAGCAGAUGAUGAGCCUCGCCAGGACCGCCUCCCAGGGCCGGAGCGGCGAGGAAGGCGGCGCCUCGGGAGGGGCCAACGACGGCAUGACCAGGGACUUCCUGGGGCUGCGCGCCUUCUCGCACCGCGACAUCCUCGGCCUCGCCGGCUUUGACUCGUCGUGCAUGGGCGCCGCCGUGAACACGGCCGGCAACAACACCAACAUGGCUCCCUGCUACGAGCCACAGCAACAAGGACAGCCGCAGCCGCAGCCGCCGCAGCAGCAGAGCAGCAACGAGCCGUGGCAUGGCAUGGGUAGCCAUAGCUAGCCAUGAUGAUAGUUGCAUGGUCGCUUCUGAUCACCGCAGAGCACUGCUUGCUGCUACCCUCUAGAUCAGCAAGGGGUGCGUUUUGAACUGGGUAAUCUCUCUCUUUCUCUCUCUCUCUCUCGCACUCUCGUGAUCUUGCAAGCUAAGCAAGCUUUGGAGUUUUUUGUGGGUAGAAGCCAACUGUAAGGUAAACUGGGAUCAACGAAAAGCUACGUGAAAAUAAUACAUGCAUCCGUUCUCUCUCUC